UUGAGUCUAAAUCUACUUUCUCCUUUCUAGGUUUCAUGUAUCCCUAAAUCUCUCUUUUUUUCUCUAAAAUCCUGCAAAUUCAAGCUACAAAAAUGAGUGUUCCCAUGGAAAUCAUCGCACAAGAAGCUUCUAACUGCGAGAAAUCUGAUAACAUUGAAGUUCCUACGGAGCCGGAACCUCUUCCUGCACUUGUUGAAGACAAAGUUAUCGUUUCUGUUGAAGUUUGUCUAAAGCCAGCUAGCACUGCUCGGAUUGAAGAUGUUCGCUCUGCUGUUGAGAGAAUGCUAGAUACAAGGAGUAUGAGCUAUGUAGAUGGUCCAAUUCCAGUACCUGUAGACGAUGAAUUUCUUAUUAACAACGUACAAAAGAUUUGUAUUUGUGAUACAGAUGAAUGGGUGGAGAAUCAUGGUGUACUCCUGUUCUGGCAAGUAAAACCAGUUGUGCAUGUAUUCCAGCUUAGUGAGGAAGGGCCAUGUGAAGAGCUUAAUGAGGAGGGACAACUUUCUAGCUUUGAUGAAUGGAUUCUACCUGCCAAAGAGUUUGAUGGAAUGUGGGAAAGUUUGAUCUAUGAAUCUGGCCUCAAACCGAGAUUACUGCGAUAUGCAGCAUCUGCUUUGCUCUUUACUGAAAGGGGUGUUGAUCCUUUCCUUGUCUCAUGGAACCGUAUCGUUCUUCUGCAUGGGCCUCCCGGGACAGGCAAAACAUCAUUAUGCAAAGCAUUAGCUCAAAAGUUAUCAAUAAGAUUUAACUACAGAUAUUCACAGUGUCAGUUGAUUGAAGUUAAUGCCCAUUCCUUAUUCAGCAAAUGGUUUUCAGAAAGUGGCAAAUUGGUUGCAAAGCUUUUUCAGAAAAUACAAGAAAUGAUCGAGGAAGAAAAUAAUCUGGUAUUUGUUCUGAUUGAUGAAGUUGAAAGCCUGGCUGCCGCUAGGAAAUCUGCAUUAUCUGGAUCUGAACCUUCAGACUCCAUAAGGGUGGUGAAUGCUCUCCUUACCCAAAUAGACAGAUUGAAAUCAGCACCGAAUGUUAUAAUUCUCACCACGUCCAAUAUCACUGCAGCUAUUGAUGUAGCUUUCGUUGACAGGGCUGAUAUAAAGGCAUACGUAGGCCCUCCUACUCUUCAGGCACGAUACGAAAUACUGAGGUCCUGCCUACAGGAGCUCUUAAGAACAGGAAUCUUAUCGGGACCUAAGGAUGACAAUGCUUUCAUUCUCCCAAAUUAUUCUACCUGCAAAGAGAAACUCAACACAACCCUCUCAGAAGAAUCUCAAAGCCUGACCAUUUUUUGCAAAAAUCUGCUGCAGGCCGCCGAGGCAUGCGAGGGCUUGAGUGGAAGAACUCUAAGAAAACUCCCUUUCUUAGCUCAUUCAGCACUAGCCAACCCUUUAAACUGCGAGAUUGGAAAAUUUCUUUGCACGAUGAUGGAUACUGCCACGAGAGAGCGAUCUGAGAUGCCAGAUCAAUGAUAUUUAAGCAUAUGUAUUGAAGAAUGACAAUCUGUCAUGCGAGGUUUGUCAAAAUUUAUAUACCAUGAUACAAUCAAAAAAUGGUAUUCUUCUUGAACAGAGAAACCAUGAUUAGUCAACCACAAGCAUUAAUGUAAACUUGAAAGAGUUGAAAUGCUAGUUUGUAAGAUUGAAUUUGUAUCAUCAGUAUUAUUAUUAGGAUGCUUUAAAGUCUUGACCCAUAACUGUCAGAAUUCUUGCAUUAAAUUUUGAUAUUUAGUUAGUUUGUAAGCAAAA